AUGUCCGGGAGGUCCCUUUCCGUGGCGGGCUCGGGCUCGGGCUCGGAGCGGGAUCCCGGCGAGGUGGCGGCGGUGUCCGGCUCGGGUUUGGGUUCGGGUUCGGGUUCGGGCUCCGUGGUGCUGCCGUCCGGCCUCAUCGACCCCUCUCUCCCCAUGAGGAAUAUCAGGAUGAAAUUCGCCGUCCUCAUCGGGCUCAUCAGGGUGGGGGAGGUGAGCAACAGAGACAUCGUGGAGACGGUGCUCAACCUGCUUGUGGGCGGCGAGUUCGACUUGGAGACCAACUUCAUCAUCCAGGAUGCGGAGGGCAUUGGCUGCAUGGUGGAGCUGCUGGAGCAUUGCGACCUGCCGUGCCAGGCGGAGAUGUGGAGCAUGUUCACGGCCAUCCUGCGUAAGAGCGUACGCAACCUGCAGACUAGCACGGAAGUGGGCCUCAUCCAGCGAGUGCUGAUGCGCAUGAGCACCGUUGAUGACAUGAUCGCAGACCUCCUUGUGGACAUGCUUGGUGUGCUGGCCAGCUACAGCAUCACAGUGAAGGAGCUGAAGCUGCUUUUCAGCAUGCUUCGGGGAGACAACGGCGUGUGGCCGAGGCAUGCCGUUAAGUUGCUCUCGGUUCUCAAUCAGAUGCCCCAGAGACACGGUCCAGACACUUUCUUCAACUUCCCAGGACGCAGUGCUGCUGCCAUCGCUCUGCCUCCCAUUGCCAAGUGGCCUUACCAGAGUGGUUUUACCCUCAAUACCUGGUUCCGAAUGGAUCCGCUCAACAACAUCAACGUGGAUAAAGACAAACCCUAUCUCUACUGCUUCCGCACGAGCAAGGGCGUUGGGUACUCGGCACAUUUUGUGGGCAAUUGCUUGAUUGUCACAUCUCUCAAGUCGAAGGGCAAAGGCUUCCAGCACUGUGUGAAGUAUGACUUUCAACCAAGGAAGUGGUACAUGAUCAGCAUUGUUCACAUCUACAACCGCUGGAGGAACAGUGAAAUCCGGUGCUACGUCAACGGUCAGCUGGUCUCCUACGGUGACAUGGCCUGGCAUGUCAACACCAACGAUAGCUAUGACAAAUGUUUUCUGGGCUCAUCGGAGACUGCUGAUGCCAACCGGGUGUUCUGCGGGCAGCUGGGGGCCAUCUAUGUGUUCAGUGAGGCGCUCAACCCCGCUCAGAUCUUCGCAAUACAUCAGCUGGGACCAGGCUACAAGAGCACCUUCAAGUUCAAAUCUGAAAGCGACCUCCAUCUUGCUGAGCACCACAAGCAGGUUCUGUAUGACGGCAAGCUGGCGAGCAGCAUCUCCUUCACCUACAAUGCAAAGGCCACUGAUGCUCAGCUCUGCUUGGAGUCCUCACCGAAAGAGAACCCCUCCAUUUUUGUGCACUCACCUCAUGCCCUCAUGCUGCAGGACGUGAAGGCUAUCGUCACGCACUCCAUCCACAGUGCCAUCCACUCCAUUGGUGGUAUCCAAGUCCUCUUCCCGCUGUUCGCACAACUCGACUAUCGCCAGCAGAAUGACAGCCAGGUGGAGACAGCUGUGUGCGCCACACUCCUUGCUUUCCUAGUUGAGCUGCUGAAGAGCUCUGUGGCCAUGCAGGAGCAGAUGCUGGGUGGGAAGGGCUUUCUGGUGAUCGGCUACCUCCUGGAGAAGUCAUCAAGGAUACACAUAACCCAGGCAGUCCUGGAGCAGUUCCUCUCCUUUGCCAAAUAUUUGGAUGGCCUGACCCAUGGAGCACCCCUGCUCAAACAGCUGUGUGACCACAUCUUGUUCAAUGCAGCCAUCUGGAUUCACACACCAACCAAGGUCCAGCUGUCGCUGUACACCUACCUCUCAGCGGAGUUCAUCGGUACAGCUACUAUUUACAGCACCAUCCGGCGUGUGGGCACCGUGCUGCAGCUUAUGCACACCCUCAAGUACUACUACUGGGCCAUAAAUCCACAGGAGAGCAGCGGCAUCACUCCUAAAGGCCUGGACGGACCUCGGCCCUCUCAGAAGGAGAUCAUAUCCCUGAGAGCGUUCAUGCUGCUGUUCCUCAAGCAGCUCAUCCUCAAGGAUCGAGGGGUGAAGGAGGAUGAACUGCAGAGCAUCCUGAACUACCUGUUGACAAUGCAUGAGGAUGAGAACAUUCAUGACGUGCUGCAGCUUCUGGUGGCCCUCAUGUCUGAGCACCCUGCCUCCAUGAUCCCUGCCUUUGACCAAAGGAAUGGAAUACGGGUCAUCUAUAAGCUGCUGGCCUCCAAGAGUGAGAGCAUUCGGGUUCAAGGGCUCAAGGUCCUGGGCUACUUCCUCAAGCACCUGGGCCACAAGAGGAAGGUGGAGAUCAUGCACACCCACAGCCUCUUUACUCUGCUGGGGGAGAGGCUGAUGCUGCACACCAACAUGGUCACAAUCACCACCUACAAUACACUGUACGAGAUCUUGACAGAACAGGUGUGCACGCAGGUGGUGCACAAGCCUCACCCGGAGCCAGACUCUACCGUUAAGAUCCAGAACCCAAUGAUCCUGAAGGUGGUAGCCACCCUCAUGAAGAACUCCACCCCCAGCACAGAGCUGAUGGAGGUCCGCCGCCUUUUCCUGUCUGACAUGAUCAAGCUGUUCAGCAACAGUCGAGAGAACCGCCGGUGUCUCCUCCAGUGCUCCGUGUGGCAGGAUUGGAUGUUCUCCCUGGGCUACAUCAACCCCAAAAACCCCGAGGAGCAGAAGAUCACCGAGAUGGUCUACAACAUCUUCCGCAUCCUGCUGUACCACGCCAUCAAGUACGAGUGGGGCGGAUGGCGUGUCUGGGUAGACACCCUGUCCAUAGCUCACUCUAAGGUGACCUACGAGGCCCACAAGGAGUACCUGGCAAAGAUGUAUGAGGAGUACCAGCGGCAAGAAGAGGAGAACAUCAAGAAGGGGAAGAAGGGUCUCGUCAGCACCAUCUCGGGCCUGUCCGCCCAGGCCUCGGGCAUCAAGGGCGCCAUCGAGAUCCGAGAGAUGGACGACGGCUCGCAAACGCAGACGCCCGAGAGCGAGGCGGACUACCCGGAGAGCGGCGAUUCGCGUAACCUGCUGGCGGAGGGAAAAGUGCCCGACGAGCUGGGGCCGGCGGAAGCGCCUGUGGCGGGGGUUCGAGUGGAAGUGCACGAUCUGCUGGUGGACAUCAAGGCGGAAAAGGUGGAGGCCACCGAGGUGAAGCUGGACGACAUGGACCUGUCCCCCGAAGCCCUGGGCCUGGCGGACAGCGGCUCGCUGGUGGAGGUGGACUCCCUGCUAGACAACGUGUACUGCGCCGCCGUGGAGAAUCUCGGCGGCGCCGUUGCCAUCGGCGCCCUCGUCCCCAAGGAGAGCGCGGAGGACAAGGACACCGGCCCUCUCAUCACGCUGGCUGAUGAGAAGGACAGCGUGCCCAGCAACAACGGCUUCCUCUUCAGCAAGGUGGCCAGCGGCCCUGAUGAGAGGCUGCUUUGCGAGCUCGCGGCUGCCGAGCGGCUCACGCUGCCCUCCCCGGAGCCCCCUUCCAGCGACCUGGGCCUGCUGGCCCGCAUGGCGGGCGGCUCAGACCUGCCCUCCGCCCCCAGCCUCCUGGAGGACGCGGACUUUAAGCUGCACGACGCCCUAGGGGAUCUGGGUGCCGUGGGCGAGGCCGAUCCCGCGCCCAAGGUUGUCGACUUCGCCGCGGGGGGCGCGGCGGGGCCCGAUGGAGACGCCCCUGCGGUGAAAGCGGGGGGUAGCGUGGAUGCGGCCAGCACCAAUUCCGACACCGAGAGGUCCGACGAUGGCAAGGACAAGGUGAUGAAGAAGAUACAGACCACAGCCACCACUCAGACGGCGCACGGGCGGCCGAUCGGCCACAUGGAGCGGGAUCUGCGCGUGGACCUAGGCUUCCGGGGAACACCCAUGACGGAGGAGCAGAGGCGCCAGUUCAGCCCCGGACCGCGGACGACCAUGUUCCGCAUACCCGAGUUCAAGUGGUCACCCAUGCACCAGCGUCUGCUCACUGACCUGCUCUUUGCCCUUGAGACGGACGUCCACGUGUGGCGGAGCCACUCGACCAAAUCCGUGAUGGACUUCGUCAACAGCAACGAGAACAUAAUAUUUGUGCAUAACACGAUUCACCUCAUCUCCCAGAUGGUGGACAACAUCAUCAUCGCCUGCGGAGGGAUACUUCCGCUUUUGUCGGCGGCCACCUCGCCCUCUACGGAGCUGGAGAACAUCGAGGCCACGCAGGGCAUGUCCUCGGAGACAGCCGUCACCUUUCUGAGCCGCCUCAUGGCCAUGGUGGACGUGCUGGUGUUCGCCAGCUCCCUCAACUUCAGUGAGAUUGAGGCAGAGAAAAACAUGUCCUCCGGAGGGCUGAUGCGGCAGUGCCUAAGACUGGUAUGCUGCGUGGCCGUGAGAAACUGCCUCGAGUGCCGGCAGAGGCAGAGGGACCGGACUACCAAGCCUUCUCUGGCCAACAGCAAGACCCCGGACAACUUGCAGGGCAUCGUUGCAGGCAGCAAGACUGCCAUAGAGAAUGUCUCCAGUAACCUUUCUCCCAUCAAGGACCCCGACAGACUUCUGCAGGAUGUGGACAUCAACCGACUGCGUGCGGUCGUUUUCCGUGACGUGGAUGACAGCAAGCAAGCCCAGUUCCUGGCUCUGGCUGUCGUCUACUUCAUCUCCGUCCUCAUGGUGUCCAAGUACAGGGACAUCCUGGAGCCGCAGCGAGAGACACAAAGGGCUGGCAGCCAGUCCACGCGCAGCAUUCGACAGGAAAUCAAUUCGCCUACUAGCACAGAGAGCCCCCCCAUGUUCUCAGAGACCGUGAAGGAGCAUCUCACCCCUGUGGAAGAGCUGCCGCUGGAGGGCUCUCUGCCGCACACUGACUCGGGCAUCGGCGAGGAGCACUCUCCCAGCGUGCCUAACGGGACAGAGGUGGAACCUGGAGGCGGGUCAGACAUGGCGGGCGAGCUGCUGUGCGUGCUGCCGCCCGAGGCGUCCCGCUCCCGCGAGAGUCUAGCCGAACCCGUCGUCGCUGCCGCCGGCUCCUCGGAGGCGCUCAAGCCGGCUCCCUCCAUCUGCAGCGUCUCCCAAGGCAGCAAGGGUAUCAAUGUGAAGGAGAUCCUGAAGAGCCUGGUGGCAGCCCCUGUGGAGGGCCCCGAGAUGGGCCCCGAACCCCUGCCCUACCCAGACCCAGCUGUCAAGAGAGAGACCCAGAGCACCUUGCCCAUGCAGUUCCAUUCCUUCGACAGGAGCGUGGUCGUCCCGGUGAAGAAGCCGCCCCCGGGCAGCCUGGCCGUGAACACGGUGGGCAGCUCCAGCACGGCGGCAGCGCUGUCCUCUGGAAGCACACCCAACAUCUUUGCCGCCUCUUCGACGACGCCCAAGAGCAUGAUCAACACAACGGGUGCCACGGACUCGGCAACUUCCUCCACUUCCUCCACCUCCAGCUUUGUCAAUGGCGCCACCAGUAAGAACCUGCCAGCAGUGCAAACAGUGGCACCUAUGCCCGAGGACACGGUGGAGAACAUGAGCAUUACAACAAAACUGGAGCGAGCCCUGGAGAAGGUCGCUCCCCUGCUGAGAGAGAUCUUUGUGGACUUUGCGCCCUUUCUGUCCCGCACCCUGCUGGGCAGCCAUGGCCAAGAGCUGCUCAUUGAAGGCCUGGUGUGUAUGAAGUCAAGCACCUCGGUAGUGGAGCUGGUCAUGCUGCUGUGUUCCCAGGAGUGGCAGAACUCAAUCCAGAAGAACGCCGGCCUGGCCUUCAUUGAGCUCAUCAACGAGGGAAGGCUGCUGUGCCAUGCCAUGAAGGACCACAUUGUGCGUGUGGCCAACGAGGCCGAGUUUAUCCUCAACAGGCAGCGUGCCGAGGAUGUCCACAAGCACGCCGAGUUUGAGUCGAACUGCGCCCAGUACGCGGCGGACAGGAAGGAGGAGGAGAAGAUGUGCGAACACCUGAUCAGCGCUGCCAAGCACCGCGACCACGUGACAGCCAAUCAGCUGAAACAGAAGAUCCUUAACAUCCUCACCAACAAACACGGGGCCUGGGGUGCUCUCUCGCAGAGCCACCUGGAUGACUUCUGGCGCCUUGACUACUGGGAGGACGACCUGCGACGGAGGCGGAGAUUUGUUCGCAAUUCCUUUGGUUCCACCCACGCCGACGUCGCGCUCAAGUCGCUGGAAGAGUAUGGCACGGAGGAAGACAAAGCGGUCAAGUCCAAGAAGACGUUCCGCAGCCAGGCUGUGGUCAACCAGAGCCCUGAGACGGAGCUGAUGCUGGAGGGUGAUGACGACACCGUCAGUCUGCUGCAGGAGAAGGAGAUCGACAACCUUACUGGCCCCGUGCUGUUGAGCAGCCCCGCGCAGCUCGUGGCCCCCAUGGUGGUGGCGCGCGGGACCCUUUCCAUCACCACCACGGAGAUCUACUUCGAGGUGGACGAGAACGACCCUGCUUUCAAGAAGCUCGAACCCAAGGUCUUGGCAUACACUGAAGGCCUGCAUGGAAAAUGGAUGUUCAGCGAGAUCCGUGCCGUCUUCGCCAGGCGCUACCUACUGCAGAACACUGGCCUGGAAGUCUUCAUGGCCAACCGAACUUCGGUCAUGUUCAACUUCCCCGACCAAGCCACAGUCAAGAAAGUGGUAUACGGUUUACCCCGAGUAGGGGUCGGCACCAGCUACGGUCUGCCACAAGCAAGGCGAAUCUCCUUGGCCACACCCCGGGCAGCUCUUCAAAUCCUCAAUAUGACCCAGCGCUGGCAAAGGAGGGAGAUCUCCAACUUCGAGUACCUCAUGUUCCUCAACACCAUUGCAGGGAGGACAUACAAUGACCUGAACCAGUAUCCCAUCUUUCCCUGGGUCCUCACCAACUAUGAGUCAGAGGAGUUGGACCUCACCCUACCUGGCAACUUCAGAGACCUCUCAAAGCCCAUCGGAGCGCUGAACCCGAAGCGUGCUGUGUUUUACGCUGAGCGUUACGAGACCUGGGAGGACGACCAGGCACCGCCGUGCCACUACACGUCGCACUACUCGACGGCCAUCUCCACCUUGCACUGGCUCCUCAGGAUAGAGCCUUUCACCACCUUCUUCCUCAACGCCAAUGACAACAAGUUUGACCACCCUGACCGCACCUUCUCGUCCAUUGCGCGCUCCUGGAGGAACAGCCAGCGAGACACCAAUGACGUCAAGGAGCUGAUACCAGAGUUCUACUACCUCCCGGAGAUGUUUGUUAACAGCAACGGGUACAACUUUGGCCUACGUGAUGACAGGACGGUGGUGUGUGACGUUGACCUGCCUCCCUGGGCCAAGAAGCCAGAGGACUUUGUCCGGAUCAAUCGGAUGGUAAAGCAGCACAACCCUUAACCACAAUGUUUCCACUCGCUCAGCGGGAAAUGGGACAGAGGCACCGGAACCAUGAAUUACAUCCCCUCUCUUCAAAUCACACCCCUCCAUGCUCCAUUUGGGCUGUGGAGAAGGGGAUCAAGUA